AUGACUAAUAAAGAUUUUUUAAUAUGGUUAUUUUUAAACUUAUUUUAUUUCUCUUUUUUAAUUAAAAACACAAUAUCAACACCUUUAAGUCUAAUAUUAAAAGGAAAUGUCAAAACAGAAAAUAAUAAUAGUUAUGAAAAAGUUGUAAAAAGGGAUAUAUUGUUGGAUCAGUGGGCACCAUGGAAUGUGAGUGAAAUACAAUAUUUUGUUGAGUCUCCAGUUUCAAAAGAAAAUGUUAAAAAAGCAAUAGAACAUAUUGAAAACAAUACUUGUAUAAAAUUUAAAGAAAUGAAUAAUGAUUUUAACGAUAAACAAGGUAUAAUUUUUAAAAAAGGUGAUGUUUGUUCUUCGAAUGUUGGACUUAUUAAUCAAACCAAAUCGCAACCUAUUACUUUAGCAAAAUAUUGUUAUGAAAAAGUUGAAUUAAUUUUACAUGAAAUUGGACAUGCAUUAGGUUUAAUACAUGAACAAUCCCGAAGUGAUAGAGAUAAUUAUAUUACAAUUGAUUACGACAAUGUAGAAGAUAAAGAAAAAUACAAUUUUCAAAAAAUUAAUUUUUCUAGCUAUAGAAAUUAUUCAACUCAAUACGACUCUAUUGCUUUGAUGCAUUAUAAACCAACUGAUUUUUCUAAAAAUACAAAAAAACCAGUAAUUACAUCAAAAUUACACAACGCAUAUCAAAAGAACAUGGGUUUUAGUACAAAAAUGACAUUUAAUGAAAUUAAACAAUUAAAUUUAUGCCACUGUAAUAAAUGCAAUUGGGUUAAUAACGAUGGUAAAAAAAAAAAAAAAAACAAUGCAGCAAAAUGUGUAAAUAGUGGUUAUCCAGAUUAUAAUGAUUGUAAAAAAUGUAUUUGUCCAACAGGAUAUACAGGAACAUUAUGCAGGGAAAUAGAAAAAAGUGAUAAAGGAUGUCCUGUAACUAAAUAUAAAGUUCAAUCUAAUGUUAAAAAUUUAGUUAUGAUGGACAAAAAAACUUGUUAUAUAUUCCUACAAGCAAGUAAAGGAAAGAAAAUCAAAUUGGAAAUAAUUUCUUAUACUUUAACAUUUAAAACUGUUUGUAAAGAAGAAAAUUCUAAUCAAAUAAAAUAUUUUAAAGAUAAAGGUAACACUGGAUUGCUUCUUUGUGGAAUUCAUCAUUAUAUAGAAAUCACAUCACAAAGUAAUUCUGUUCUUAUAGUAUACAGAGGACAAACAAACAGAGAUGCGUUAGGUGUGGGGUUUAUUGAAACAGAUGAAGAUAAGGAAACGAAAUAA